GGGAGGGAGAGUGGACAACAGAAAAAAGAGAGAGAGAGGGAGGGGGCAUGUGUGCACGAUUGUUACUCAAGGGCAGGGGGGAAAAAGAAUAAGAAAAUUGAAGUAACCGCCAUAUGCUGUGGAUUUCUCUGAAUGCUGAAGUGACACACUCUUUUCCUGUCGGGUGUAGAAAAAAAAGAUGGGGAGCUCGCACUUGCUGAACAAAGGCUUGCCUCUAGGCAUCAGACCUCCCAUCAUGAACGGACCGAUGCACCCACGCCCCCUGGUGGCCCUGCUGGACGGGCGCGACUGCACCGUAGAGAUGCCGGUUCUGAAGGACGUGGCCACCGUGGCCUUCUGUGACGCCCAAUCCACCACGGAGAUCCAUGAAAAGGUGCUCAACGAGGCUGUGGGUGCCUUAAUGUAUCACACGAUCACCCUUAUGAGGGAAGACCUGGAGAAGUUUAAAGCACUUCGGAUUAUCGUUCGCAUAGGAAGUGGCUUUGACAACAUUGAUCUCAAGUCCGCAGGAGACCUUGGUAUCGCUGUGUGUAACAUGCCGGCUGCAUCUGUAGAGGAGACGGCCGACUCCACCCUCUGCCACAUCCUCAACCUGUACCGACGGACCACAUGGCUGCACCAGGCGCUGCGGGAGGGCUCCCGGGUCCAGAGCGUCGAGCAGAUCCGGGAAGUAGCAUCCGGUGCCGCGCGGAUCCGAGGAGAGACGCUGGGAAUCAUUGGUCUGGGUCGUGUUGGUCAGGCGGUUGCUCUGAGGGCCAAGGCCUUUGGCUUCAAUGUCAUCUUCUACGACCCGUACCUGCUGGACGGGAUAGAGAGAGCUCUAGGCUUACAGAGGGUCAGCACGCUGCAGGACCUGCUGUUCCACAGCGACUGCGUCACGCUCCACUGCAGCCUCAACGAGCACAACCAUCACCUGAUCAACGACUUCACCAUCAAGCAGAUGCGUCAGGGUGCGUUCCUGGUGAACACAGCCAGGGGGGGGUUGGUGGAGGAGAAGGCCCUGGCCCAGGCCCUGAAGGAGGGGAGGAUACGGGGCGCCGCGCUGGACGUCCACGAGACCGAGCCCUUCAGCUUCAGUCAAGGGCCGCUGAAGGACGCCCCCAAUCUGAUCUGCACCCCACAUGCGGCCUGGUACAGCGAGCAGGCCUCCAUAGAGAUGAGAGAAGAGGCGGCGCGCGAGAUCCGCAGGGCGAUUACAGGUCGCAUUCCAGACAGUCUGAAGAACUGCGUUAACAAAGAAUUUCUGAACCAAACUACACACUGGGCGAGCAUAGAUCCCUCCGCCAUGCAUCCAGAACUCAACGGUGCCUACAGCUUUGCUCCUCAAAGCUACAUUGUCAAUCUUAGGUACCCGGCGGGCGUAGGAAGCCUGGCGUCGUCGGGGGGGCUGCCCCCUCCCAUCGAGGGCAUCCUACCCAGCGCCGUGCCCAUAACCCACAGCCUGCCCAGCGCCAUCCACCCGCCUCACGCCCCCUCACCGGGCAACGCAGGUAAAGCUGAACCCGACAGAGAACAGCACCCCAAUGAACAGAUGUAGUAGUUUCUCUCUCUAAAGUUGCUCCUCGUUUGACUUAAUUGUCUUAAAAAAAAAAAAAGAGGACAAAAGUCAUGAACGGCUUGAACCAACUGGCAACAUUUCCCCACGGAGUUCCCCCUAUGGUUCUAAUUGUGACUUGUUUGUGUUUCAUGAGUUUAAAAAAGGAGAAUUGUAUGAAUUUAGAGUGAAAAGAAAAUUGUCUCUGUAAAACAGUACAGUGGGCAUUUUUGAUCUGUUGUGUGUCUUGGCCUCUUGUUCAGCUAAAAGUAGUUAUGACAUGAAUGUACCCUGGUUUACAUACAGUUGAAGAAAUGAAUGCUGUUGCAGUCAAAUGAUGAAAAUGUAUCUUAAAUUAUUUGAAAGUCCACCAAUUGUUUCUAGUAAUGCCGGAACAAUGCUAACUCUUAAGGCCCAUCCACACUGACCAGCGCUAACUGUAACCGCUACGCUAUCGGCUACGCUAUCAGCGGCCACAUUGACAAACGAUAAGGAAAGCGAAAGGAAAGCCUCUCAGUAAAAUCCUUCAUGUUUUUAUGUGACACCGUUAAAAUUCGAUGGAUUCUGAUUGGCUGUCAGUAUUUCUAUAAUUCAUGCAAUUACUCUGAAAGUGAUACCCAACGAUAUCGUUCUUCACGUCAUCAUCGUCAUAGUGUGCGGUGUUGACGUUGACGUUCUUUCGAACUAGAGUGACAUUUAAAGGGGCCAUAUGUAAGACUGACGAGCUGUCGGCUGUGAUGGAGGCAGUGUAUCACUACGUCUGUACAUCCCUGCCUCCUCUCCCUUUGCAGAAGUAAACUAAAAGUGUGGCCAAUGUGGGGGAGGCUGACAGCUAAGUAGAUGAACACAUUUAUAUGAUUUGAUUGAUAUCUAGGCUGCUAUUAAUGUCUCCAUCAACAUCAAUUGAUAUUUAUAUGUUACAUUAACAGACCCCUGUACAUCGUCAUGUAAGCACUUGAGCUUUAAAGCUAGCUGAUAGUUUAAGCACUUAUGUUAACCUGUGGAUUUGCCACUGAGCCACUUGUUGAUAUGAACUACUACAGGAUAGCCGUGCUUAGUUGAGUCCAUUUGUAAAUUCAAUCCAGCACUCUGAAAAUUGAUUGAGGCUCUUGUCGGUAAAAAAAAAUGGAAUAUCCAUGAUUAACAAACACGUUAACUCUCUUUAUUCUAUCCUC